AUGAGUAUGCUAAUGCUGAUGAAUGUAUGGGUGAAGGUGUCGUUUCUUAUAAUUUCUAUCCAAUUGUAUGGAGGACUAUCUAUGAAAUGCUGUACUUCCUCUGUCAAACAAACACACAAAGGGAUUUCCACCUUAUACAGAAAGGUUUUCCCAUCUAAGGUUGUAAUGCACAUCAAGCACACUGGGAAUAGAAGUAGACGAAUAGGUAAUAAGGGUAAACAUCAUGAAAAAAGGAAAAAAAAGAUUCAAACUGUACCUCUUGAAAAAAUAGAAAGCAAAAUAAUCUGCUGCAAAGAUGAGGCAUAUAGUAAGGUGCCCACUGAGUCUUCACACCGAAUGUUGGAAGGACUGCCCGAAAAAGUGCAGCUUCCCAAUUUAACAAAACUUCUCAAAAUGACGACAAUGUCCAAAAGGUCUAUGUUUCCCAUAUUUCCCAUGAUGUACUACAUAACUCCGCGUGGUGGAACAACAGAGGGGAGGGGUAAAAGUCGGAGGUACAGCGAGCCGAGAGGUAGUAGAUCAAAUCGCAGUGUAACGGUCCAGAUGACGUUGGCCCCAAAAGGAUCCAUACACGAAAAAAGAACGAAAGAAAUUUUAGAAGAUCCAGUUAAGAACUACCCAUGGGAAAUAAGUAUUCCAUUUCACGAAACGAUAACACGUGAGUUAAGUCCUUAUUACAAUUUUCUAAAAUGUGAGUGGGCAUAUUUAGAUUACAAAAGGGAUUCGAGAAAAGCGUGUGGAAAAAUAGAAGGAGGAGUUGAAAACUAUGAAGGGAAAGGGUUAAAAUUAGAAAAAGGAGUAGACAGACCAAGAUAUAAAGAAAUGCCAUAUUAUCUAGAUCAUGGUGUUGAGUGGAGAAAUUUUAAUCAUGAUGAAAUGAUUCAAUUUGAUAUUGAUCCAGAUGGAAAUCAAGAUCAAACAUUCUUAGAAACAGAAGAAGAUUUAGAGUAUAGACAAUGGGGUAAUUGGAAUUACAAUUGUGCAAAGGAAACAACACAAUUAAAUACAGCAUGGAGAGAUCCAGUUUUAUCAAAAAAUUUAACAAACCUUAUUUAUCCAUGGAAUCAUAAAGCUCAUGAAAAUCAUAUUAUUCCUUAUGGUUUUCCAAGUCCUACUUUUUUUAUACCUGAACCUAAAAUUGAGUGGGAAUUAGCAGCACGAGGAUUUUUUGGUGGAUAUUAUGAAGAUCCUAACUGGAAUAGAAUAAAGCAAUAUAAAAUUAUGAAAAAACUUAUACUAGAAUGGCAUGAAUGUAAGAAAGAUGACCCAAGAAUUGCUGCAAUAAAAACAGAACUGUUUGGCAUCUCGAGUAGAAAAAAAUAUCCCUCAAAACAAAUUAAAUUGAUAAAUGAACAUGCUUUAUUAAGAGCAAAAGAAAUCUUACUUGAUCAUAUUCUAGAUCCAAAUAAUGAUCCAGAUUAUAUUACGUAUUUUCUUGAUAGAGCUGAACCAAUUGAUUAUAUUGGAGGUGGGAAUCACAAAUGCCCACAAGAAGAAAUUAGAAAUAAAACUAUUGUCUUAAAUAUGUGUGUAUAUUCAAAUAAACAACAACAAGAAUCAUACUCCUAUAAUAUGUCCAUCCCAGAAAUGGCAGAAAUGUACCAUUACUAUAUGACAGAAAUUAGAGGAGAAGGAAGGACACAUCAAUCAUGUGAAGAUCCUGUAGAAGAUAAAUAUCAAUGCUAUGAAUUACAAAAUGAAAGAAAAAAAUUUUCAGCUCUAUAUGCAUUAUAUAAACCCUUAUGGAGUAAUAAAAAAUUUGGCGAAGAAUUUGGGGAUGCACUAAGAGAAGGGGAGAAAUUACACAUAAACAAAUUCAACAAGUUUAAUCAUAUUUUGAAAUUAAAAAAAAAAAAAAAAUUAACCCAGGAGGAAGUUAACCAAUGCAACUAUGUCGACGAUUAUGGUCAUGUAGACGAUCAGUACGACGUGUAA